AUGACGACUCCCGCAACGGCACCCGGAUAUGUGGGCAACCUAGAUUCGACACAGGAGAAGAGACUCCAAGAGUUAUGGAUCACAUUGAUGCAGACAUGGGAUCGAGAAAUAUCGGCUUUGGAUUGCGAUCGUCCGUCUGAAACUUCCCCGAAAGUGAAUGGUAAACAAGGUCGACGCAUGUUCUCUCUCAGCAAGUCCCCAGCACAGCCUACGGAAACUGAGCUGGCAGCUAUUCCUCCCAACCUGCUCUCAACGUUGGAAUCUCUUGGUGCCGGGCCAGGGGAACUGAAAGCAGUCGGCUCGCUGCUCAUGAAAGUACCAGGAGACAAGCUCCGAUCUGCCUUCUUGACGCUCCUGCGACAAGAUCAUCCAGAUGCAUUCCUUCUGCGAUUCCUUCGGGCAGAACGCUGGAAUGUCCCCAAAGCCUGGAUCAAGUUUGUCGGCUCGCUGUAUUGGCGGGCUUUUGAAUACAAAGUCGACGAGCAAGUACUCUCGAGGGGAGAGGAAUACAAUUUACUCAAGUCACAAGAAGAAGCCAAUACCUCGAGCAAAAGGGACGGCGAAGGGUUCAUGCAUCAAUUGAGAAUUGGAAAGGGCUACCUGCAUGGUUGUGAUAGAGCCGGUCGUCCAAUUUGCUUUGUGCGAGUCCGAACCCAUGCAGCAGACCCGCAGAUGCAAAAAGGCCUUUUUGAUUAUAUUAUGCAAGGUAUCGAAACUGCGCGGUUCUUACAAGUCCCGCCUGUCGAAUCAAUGGAUUACUCUCUCAAGGCGAUUCUCUUCGAUCUGACAGGGUUUGGAUUAUCGAACUGGGACUUCCCUCCCGUGAGAUUCAUCAUCGAGACUUUUCAAAACUACUAUCCAGAGUCAUUGGGUGCGAUGAUAUUCUACAAUGCCCCCUGGAUCUUUUCAGGCUUCUGGAAGAUCAUUAGCGGGAUUCUGGAUCCAGUAGUUGCGUCCAAAGUUCACUUUAUCAGUGGACCCAAGGAGCUGGAGAAACUUGUUCCGAGGUCACAGAUCUUAAAGGAAUUCGGCGGCGACGAGGAUUGGGAAUUCAAAUACAUCGAGCCUCUGCCCAACGAGAAUGAAAGACUGAAGGAUACAGUGACUCGAGACCUCCUCUUGUCGGAAAGGCGGCAGCUAGGCGACGAACUCUUCUGCUUGACCAACCAAUGGAUCUCACAAAGCGACGUGAAAACCACCCUUGAACGUCGAGACGAGGUGAUUUCGGGUCUGAGAGUGAAUUACUGGAAGCUUGACCCUUAUGUCCGCGCUCGCAAUUACCUUGACCGCACGAGCGUGAUCAAAGAGGAUGGGACAAUAGACUUUUACCCUCACAGAAUCUCUGGAAGUGUGGAUGAGAAGUCGAGUGGCGCGAAGGAGAGUGUGGAAGAGCAACUCACGGCAGCAACUAUAGUCUAA